AAUGCCAACUGCGGAGGACGUGGAGGCCGAGGCCGAGGUCGUGGAGGCCGUGGCCGUGGUCGUGGUAGAGGACCAGCUUUUGAGGAUCCAAACUUUGAGGAGGACUUUGAGAAUGAAGAGGAACAUGAACAAGAACAAGAACAAGAACCUAAUGGAGGAGAAGACACACCACCACAACCACCUAACUGGCAGCAAAUGAUGUUGAUGCAAACUCAGAUCCUGCAGCAGUUGGCAGCCAAUGUUGGUAAUCAGAAUCAGGGGCACAACAACAAUCAGUCCAGGCUUGCUGAAUUCAUGAGGACGUAGCCACCUACCUUUGAAGGUUCAGCAGACCCUCUUGAUGCUGAUGACUGGUUGAAGGACAUACAAAGGAAGCUCAACUUGGCAAAUUGCAAUGGGGCUGAUCGAGUCAAGUUCGCGGCGCACCAGUUCAAAGGUGUGGCUGCAGAUUGGUGGGAGAACUGCUAUGAUGCACAUGAGGAUGCCCAAAGUAUCACGUGGAAUGAGUUCUCUGAAGCUUUCCGUAUUGCUCACAUCCCUGCGGGCAUUAUGGAGUUGAAGAGAGAUGAAUUUAGAGCUUUGGUUCAGGGAAAAAUGUCUGUGACAGAAUAUUUGAGCAAGUUCACACAGUUGGCUCGCUAUGGAAGGGCUGAUAUUCCAACCGAGGCAGAUAGGACAGCAAGGUUUUUGAAGGGGUUGAACCCAGGGCUGAAGGACAGGCUAGUCUCCCAUGACUUUCCCACUUUUCAGCAUCUUGUCAACAAAGCUAUCCUGCAGGAAAACUCUAGGAGAGAACUUGAGGAGCAUCGCAAGCGCCGUGCACCACAAGGUCAUUCUGGGGCAAGUAGCUCUCGCCAGAAAACAAGCCAGCAUCCAGGCUAUCGUGUGCAAAAACCUUCAAGGCCAAGCAACAACUCAGCACCUCGCAACAUGUACAAGACUCCUAGAGCCGAAGUGGGAGGACAGCACGCUAACACCGCUGCGAAUGUUUGCUACAAAUGUGGGGCAGAAGGGCACUUCGCGAGGGAAUGUCCUAACGGGAAGGCCGGGCUGACGCCAGUGAAGUUCAACUUGGAUUCUGCCACAAAGACUCCAGCCGCAGGCCGAGGGCGCGGUAUACUCCAAACACCGGGGAGUGGAUCGCGUAUACUAAUUCAGGCAGGACGUGGUCGAGUCAACCAUGUUACUAUUGAGGAAGCUCAGGAGGCACCAGAUGUCGUUAUUGAGUACCAUGAAGAAGAAUACGUUGACGGCGACUACUACGGUGAACCUGAGGAGUGAGGCCUCGUGUGCUACAUCGACUGCCUGUGGCUGAGAUGGAGGCACCACGCGUCGUUUAUUGUUUUCCGCUGCUAUUUCAAACUUGUAAUAAUAAUGCCCCAAGACAUUGCUUUAUGUAAGCCGAAGGGCAUUUUACUAUUCAAACUUGUGUUAACUUUUGAACUGUCGUGCAACGAGAUACAUUUCGCAUGUACAUUAGCAUUUCUGGUCUAGUGUUACAUGGGGUC